AUGAACCUAUAUACUCACGCAACCCAGUACUGCUCUCAAGCCUGUCAAAAAGCCGACUGGAAACUCCACAAGAAGACAUGCAAAGGCGAGCAUUUCAAAGAAACUUGGAGGCCGCGCUUCAUCACUGAGCAGCGUAUCCCGGCCUUCAUGACACAGUCUAAUCCAAGCAACUUCACCCUUGCGUCGUUCGGAUACAACCAUCACCUAUGGGGUAACGUGCCAGCAAUCGACAUACUGCGGCUCGACCGCAACGAAGGACGAGAAGAAAGCGCGACGCGUGACUUUUCGCUUCUAUUCGCGGCGUCGGGCGACCUGCGCAACGUUAUCAAGACGGUUGUUGGGCUACCUGACAACUACACAGGCGAAUGCCUGGUCACGAUCAACGACCACGGCUUUUGCGUCACCGCCCGCAACAUCAUCAUGGUGCUGACUGCCAUGCAUUUUCCCGCUGAGACAGCCGUGCCGAUCAUCACGCAUCUGUGGUACUCUGCGCUUCUCCCCGAGCGAAUUCUCCAGGCCCUGCACGACGGCAUUCUGCCCUGCAUAACGAAGGUCUGUGACCGCAUCAGUGACGAGAAGAAUGAGGCAGAACACACGGAAACAUUCAAAUUUGGACAUGGCUCGGUGCGCAUUGUAUUGAGGAAGCACCAGUGGAUGGAACUGGCAAACAUGCUGCAGCCGCCGAGGGGACUCUCAGCACACGACGCUAUGCAGCUUCGCCAUGCGACGACACUGGCGCCGAAGAGGAUCGACUACGUAGAUAAAGCGUUGUUGAAAAUGCCGCCUGCGCGGCGUACAGGCGCGUGGCGAUUCCGCAAUCAAGGGCUUCUCCUCCCGUUCGGAGCGUCGCAAAAGCAUUUCACGGUUCCAAAUCCGACUAUGUUUGCAAAGAAAAACAUAUGGCCCAUGACCGACGACGCCGACCCGCUGAAUGGAUGGGCGUACCACGACUAUGCGGGGCAUGCUGGAGCGGCCAAAAACGACGUUUACGGGGCUUUUUUCAAUUUUCUACGCAGUCUGCUCCUGAAAUUUUGCAGGCGGAUCAGAGCCGUCAAGAUGGGUUUCUACAUCUUCGCCGUCGACGCCGUAACGCUACCCAACUACAUGGGCGCCACGAAAUUCGAUCGUAUAGAAGUAUCGAGUAUCUGCGACCACGGCUCCGUAGGCGUCCACCGAACCCUCUCGACCUUCGCGCCACUACUCAAGCCCAAACUCGACAAUCCACACGCUACGCUCCUGCUGCUCUUCAUGAAAGCCGUCCGCGAGCACGAAGGCAUCUCGGAGACACAUAAAUGGGCCUCGCGAUCCUCGCUCUCGCAGCCGGAUCCACGGCGCCUAGAACAAGUCUACAAAUUCAUGCCUACGAUCGUGGACAUGGUUCGCGACCCGCUAAGCGUCGAGCACGCGCUGAGACACGGGCUUUCAGCUGCGGCGGAUCCGAUUAAACUGGCUGAUGCUAUGGAUAUGGUUGGCGAUUUCGAUGCUCACUUUGAGGCGUUUCUGAGGCGCCCUGAUGCACGACGUGCAGGGCGAAUGAGUGCGCUGGCGGCGGCGAACGGCGUCAAGCUGAAGACGACAAAUAGCAUUGUUAAGCCAUGGCCUUUUCGCAUCACGGACGAGACAAGCGAGGCCGACUUUGCAAUCUUGCUGGCGCAGGGCACGUGGGGGCAUGAGCGGUAUGUGGAGGUUGAAGUGAAUGAUGAUGAUGAGUCCGACCAGCAUCUCACUCUGGGGUAG